AUGUCGACUUUCUUUCUUAUCAAUUUCUUAUUAAUCACAAGUGAAGAAGCCAUUACGAAUGUGCAAAUUACACAACGCCAUCAUUAUCAGAACUUGUCGCGUCCAAAUAGUUUAUUGGGCCCGGAGAAAGAGCCAAUAAAAUUCCAAAUUAAUCUCGUUGGAGCACCACCAGAAGUUGAACAGUUAAUUGAGCACAUUAAAGAUGUUGCUUCACAGUUUUUAUAUCAUUGGAAAACAUUUCCAAUCAAUUUGCCUCAGUCAAUCUCUUCAACGACCUCAUCAUCAACGAUAAGCGCAUUAACAACGGGACCGAUUAAUGCUUCAAAUGUUGGCACAAAUCGAAAAUCAAAAAAUAAUCUUCGAGAUUUGUUCAUCAUGCCACCAUUUGAUGAACUCGAUGCUGUUGCUGCUGACGGAAGUGGCGAACCUCGACGACUUACAAACACACAAUUGAGAUCACUUAGAGAGCGUGGUGAGUUUGAGGUGCCGAGUUUAAACUUUCCGGGCCAGGUGCAUUUGUGGAAAUUAUCUCAAUUUCUGCAAAAGGGAACUGAACCGACAAGGGAAACGCUUCUGGGUGAUUUAGCGUUGGCAGCACAAUUUAUUGUCAUCACAGCAAGAGCUCGAAUUGUUGGACAUUUCUUUUCAGUUAAAGAAGCAGCAAAAGCUUUGCUUGCUGGUCUGUUAAAGUUAGUCGACAUGAUUGUCGGUGUUCCGUCACUUCUCGCACAUAAUCUCGAGAAUAAAGUCAAAGAAGAACGCUGCCGUUACCUCAUUGCUGAAUUGGUUUGUCGACCUGAAUACAAAGAUGGUCUCGAUUCACUUUGCAAAUAUGUAAAACAUCAAAUACGACGAGCGACGAUGGAGAAGUUUGACGUCAACUACGAAGCGAAUGCUCAACCAGUUCCAUACAUUUUUCUAAGUCCAUGUAAGAAGCAAGAAAUCGAUCUUCGCUUAUUUUCCAAAGACAUCAUGCGCAAAGCCUUGCCGAUUCUUGUUAAUAUCCUUGAGAAGGAAACACGCGGCUGGUUUCUUCCGUUUAGAGAGCGUCUCAUUGCCGAAAUGCGUGAGAAGAAGAUGACCGAUGUUGAGAUUGAAGAAGAGGAUAAUUAUCCGGUACUUGCAAGAAUUCGUGCUUGGUUGAAUCAAAGAUUAGAAGCAGCUGAAACAUCGAAGAUUAAUGAAACUUUAUGGGCAGCACAUGAAGAAGCAGUAAAAAUUUGUCUCAAACAUAAUCUUCAUCAAACAGUUUACUUUCUGCAUCGUGAUUUAUCAUUCAUGAAAGAAAGAGAAGCAGUUUUAGUAAAGGAAUUGAGAAUGGCGAAGAAACCAACACGAAACUUCCAAUGGGCUUGUCGAAUUUGGUCACCAAAAUCUUGGAUUAUUAAAAGAAACUUUCAGGGACAAAGCGAAGUAAUUCCGACUGUUAUAAGUCAGCAUGUAACGUCAAUUGUAACGCCACGCUCUGAUCCAAGUCAACCAGUGUUUCUCGUCGAAAAAGAAAUUGUGAGAACAACAACAACGCGUUGGCCAUUAUGGCGUUUAUUGAAUUGGUUUCAAAGAACAUGGACAUGGACGUGGAAUAUUAUGUUCUUACUUGGAUUCAUCGUACCGUGGUCAUCACCACUUGGCUUGCGUGCUUUGAUUUCUAUCAAGCCAUUUAUGUCCGACCUUGAACUCUCGCAGAUUAAUGGAACUUUAUUUCCUCGAAAAACGAGUUUAACACAAACGAUGGCAUCACGAUUAAUCGAGUUGUGGCGACAUAUUUCAAAGUCAAGAACACAUUUUGAAACCGAACCUGAUACGGGAUUUAUCGGAAAAGGAAUGACGAGACAUUUAAAUCGUGUUUGGAAUUAUUUCAUUAAAGGAUUUCUUGGCACUUUGUUGAUUCUAUUCAUUUUUCCUUUGUUAUGUGUAAGCGUGAGUGUGACAAGCAUUUGUUUUGCCAUUGCUGCGCCACUUUGGAUUCCAUGCGUUACAACAAUUCUCCAUCUCUAUAUGAUGUUAAUUUAUGACUUAGACUCACCAAAUGAUGAACGAAAUCGUUAUUGUGUGUUCUUGGAAGCAAUUGGAUGGGAUAUUUUCAUUCAAGGAAUCAUUCAACCGAUUUUAGCAAUUUCUGUUGCUGCAAUAAUUUGUCCUUUAAUAUCGACUUUCAUUUUGAUUUUUGGCUUUUCACGCUAUUGGCUUCGAUUACUCUGGGACUCGAUGGUUUUUCAUACAUUUAUUAAGAAAUGUGGUCGAAUUCCUUCGAGUGAUAGUAUCGCUGUUAAGAGAAUCUCUGGACCUGGACUUGCUCAAGAUUAUUUUUUCAUUAUUACACCAGCACAAGCACUUGCAGCAUUUGAAGCGAAAAUGGAACUUGAUGAGUUGGAAGCAUGGGAGAAGUCGAUGGAGACAGUCAUUAUGCAGCCACAGAAAGAUUUCAGUCAAUUUGUUGAAGCAUGCUUUGGAUCCUUUUCAGCUCAACUGUCAAAGUCUGGCCAAUAUCGACAACUCGAGCGUGAAGGACAGAAUUUGUUAAGUUCAUUGCACGAAAAGCUCGAAAAGAGAAAACGUGAACUUCAGUUGGGACUUCAACCAGCGGUUAAAACCAGAGUUCGAUUAAACACAAUGGAAUUAAAGGCGGCAAUUCAGAUUGGCGCUUACAUGUUGGAAAAGUUUUAUCCGUCGCAUGUUAUCGGACGUUUGGCGAUAACCGAGGAAGAGUUUUGGGAGGAGAAAUUCUUAUCAGUUGGUGACUGGGCGGGACUUGCAAGUCUUCUCUACGCAGAUAUUUUCAGUCUCGACUUUUUAACUCCCUUAACUGACACUGACAUUCAAUUUAAACUCGAACCUCAUCCACAAUUGGAAUUAUCACGUUAUGUUGAGAUGACACAGAACACUGCAGAUAUAAUGGGAAUUGGAAAUGGACCAGAUUUACUUGGAAAUGUUUAUGCUCCAAGGGGAAAUAUUCGUUUUCAAUCACCGUACUUGGAAGUGUCAGCUUUCAAUCCUCGCUCAAGAUUCUUAAUUAACUGUCGGAGAGCGGAAAAACGAGUUGACAAAUCUUUAACGUUUGGUCUUGAAACACUUCGUGUUAGAAUGAGACGUGCCCCAGCCUCUGGCACAUCUGAAGAUGCCAAAGAUCAGUGGAAACCAUGGAAGAGGAAAAAGUUAGCAGCAAGUCAAAGUGAAAAGAUGCUCAUUCCAUUGCCAAUUCCACAUCCCGUUCACAUUGCAAUUUCAAUUUAUAAUCGCGAUUCCGAUCAACCGAUUCCACUUGACUCUGAUCUUUGUUGGGAUAUUUUAAGGUCAAUUGAAGAGUGUUAUGGCGACAUUGAAGCUUUGAAUUCAGUCACAAGAUUCAGAUCAUUUGCAAUCGACUCGAGCAAUGAUUCAUUGGAUUCAAGUAGUUCUUCUGGAAGUGGUGACAUGAAAGAUGUCGACAGUCGUGAAAGUGUUGAUGGAACUGAGACACUGCCAUGUACAAAUCGAUCUCUCGGUAUUGCACAAAUUACCAUCACUUCAAACAACACUGAAGAUAUUGUAGAAUCAAUUAAUGCUGGCGUUACUGUCAGUAAUCGUGUGAUGAGUCAAAGUACCAGCAGUAAUAGCAUCACACCAACAAACACGAGUUACCAUUGGACUUUAAGUAAUUUAGAAUCUUCAACCGAUUAUAAUCAUCGGCGAAGAAACAAUACAAGCAGCAAUAAUGAUACAGUGCGAGUUGAUCUCGCAAGUCCCGAAGAUAUAUCUAUGGAUGAACAAAGAAUUGUGCUUAGUAGUGGUAGCACUUAUGGCACAACCGUAUGAAGUUCAAAUUAAGUUCAUAUUUUUAAUUAAAAUUCUUCUCCCUCUGAAUAAGAAAAAAGAACAAAAAAAAAUUUGCUUUGGUUUUUGUGAUAUUUUUUCAACUCUCAUUUAUCAUUUUAGUCAUUAAAAUACUUUUUUUAAAUUAUGUUUAAUCGAAUAAAUUUUGUUUAACAUUGGAAAUCUCUUGAACUUGAUAUUUGAACAUAAAAAUUCUAAGAAUUUAAAGUAACUUAAGGAAUUAAAAGGGCGGAAGGGAGAAAGAAUGACUCAUAGCCAUUGGGUUCGAUCAUCUCAAGGAAAAUUAGCGGAAUUAAAAAAUGAUAAAUACCUAUUUAUAUCACUCAAUCACUGCUCUCUUUUUUAAUUUUUUGUUUGUUUUCUCGAUUGAAAUUUUUUCUUCACUUGACAUUUUCCUGUGUGCUAUAUUUGAUUGUUUCCAAUAUAAAACUUUCCUUUAUUUAUAUUUGAUGUUAUGUCGUGAAAUAUUCUACCUUGUAAUAUGAUGAUUUGUUUCUCUAUAAAUAAUUAUCUUUGACAUUUCCUAGAAAUCUAAUGAAAUUUUUUUUUUUUGAUUAGGAAUUUAAAAUUGUGAGUUAGGCAUUGGUAAUUGAAAAGAGUCUUUCUUCCUUUUUUUAACUAAUAAUUAAAGCAUCAUCUUAGAAUUAAAAGCAUCUUAGCUAUUUAUUGCAAAAAGAAGAAAAUUAGAAACUAAUUUAAGAUCAAAUAUCAAAUGUCCUGCUCGAAGGAAGAGCUGUUUGAUAUUCACUUGCAUUUGAAAAGAAAUUAGCAUUUCAAAGUUAUCAGAUUAGAGAAAAUAUCUAAGUACGUAUUUUUAAUCAAUCAGGAAAAACAUAAUUAAAGCAAAAUUAUCAACUCCCUUCAGUUUACACUGCACUUGCAAAUUAUUCUUUCUAAGAAAAAUAAAGAAAUUAUGUGAAACAAUUCUUAAAACAAACCAAUCAAAUAUGUCGAUCAAAAGAAGUCACAUGAAUAACCAGAAUGUUUUUGAAACCAUAUUAAGCAUAAAUGAAAAUAAGAAAAAUAUAACUUUACAACCAUGAACUAGUCAAUAAAUUGUUGAAAAAAGAAUUAUGAAAUAAAAAUGAUCAUUGAUUUAAAAACUAA